AUGGCGUGCGCACCCAAUACAGCUCCGCUAAACUUCAUCGUCUUCGGUGAAAUGGGCGUAGGAAAGAGCUCGUUGGUCAAUCUUCUUGCUGGGAAGACAGUUGCCAAAUCCUCUUCCGGUUUAAAGUCCUGCACUCUCGAAUCAACCGAGUACACGAUCACAUCACCUGAACACCAGCUUAAUAUCAGAUUAUUUGAUACGGUGGGGUUGAAUAACGUCACAAUGACCGACAAGAGUUAUCUAGAUGCGCUAGUGAAAGCGCAUAAACUCAUUGCCUCCCUCCAAAACCAAGGAGGUGUACACGGGCUGCUGUUCUGCAUCAAGGGCGGUAACAGAAUAUUAGAAUCUACGCAGCAGAACUACAGGCUGUUCCAUGAAUUCCUGUGCCAGGAGAAGGUGCCUCUUGCACUGGUCAUUACCAACCUUGAGAACGAGGAGAACAUGGAUGACUGGUGGACGACCAACCAGGGUGAUAUCAAACAGCAUGGCAUAGUCCCCGUUACGCAGGUCUGCAUCACCACCAUCAAGGGCCUCAGAAACGUAUACGAAGAUAAAUACUGGGAAUCUAGGAAAAAAGUAUGGGAUGUGCUGGCUACGCUUGCAAGAGGGGAUGCGUGCUCGGUCGAUAUUAACUGGUUUGCACGCAUGUGCAAGAAGUUGCACCAGUUUUUCAUCCCAGGCAAGGCGUUAGGGAAGAGUCGUGAAAAGAUGAUGAAGACACUCACGACGCGUUGCAAACUGCCUAAGCAAGAUGCACUGCAGCUUCUUCGAAGAAUCGAAUCAGACGAGAACUAG